GUUAUAUCAAUGGUACAGCAAUAGAUAUAUCAAUGAAUGAUUUAAAUGGCACAACAGCAGAUAUGGGUCAAGAAGAAAGUAGUGAUAGUGAAUCGGAAUAUGACGAUGAUACCAUGGCUAUUAUUCAUGCAAAAAAUGAAAUUGAGGAAAAGAGAAGAUUCUUUCAUCAAAUUCAACAAAUCCAACAAGAAAAUCCAGUCCCAUUCAAAAGAAAAAAAGAGCUUCCAAAAGAAUUCCAAGCACCAACUGUCAAGGAAUUACUCCCAUCCUAUUACUUUGAUAAAAAGUCACUUAAGCUUUUGGGUAAAACUUGGAAUGGUAAUUUGGAUUAUUUAUCAGACAGUGAUGAAAGCGAAGUUGAAACUGACGAUAGUAGAUUCGAUUACAGUGAUUACAGUGACUAUGAUAGUGACGAUGAUGACGAUGAAAGUGACGAAUUUACAGAUUCAUUAGAGUCCGAUAGCAUGUUUUCAGAUAGUGAUGAUGACCUAGAAUAUCAUCAUAUUAGUCAACAUCAUCAUCAUCAACAACAACACCAUCACACACCAUCAAAAAAUAGUAAAAGACAACCUGUAAAUAGUAAUUCAAGUAGUGGUAGUAAAAGAAAUCCACCAUCAAAACAGCAUCCAUCAAAAGGAUCUAAAUCAACACCAACUAAAUCAAAUAUCAAUACACAAACCACACCAACCUCACCACCCUUAAAACCACCAACACGUUCAAAAUCAGCACCAGUCCAAAAUAAUCCCUCAUCACCAUCAAUAUCAUCAACAAAUAAUUUAUUAAAAUCACCAAGACAACUACCCUCACCAGUUUCAACAUCAUCUACAUUAACUACAACGGCAACCGCACCACCACUGAUAAGCACAACAACAACCAGAAAAAGAAAUCAAGCUUUAUCUGCAAGUACAGAUAUGCCACCAAUUAAACCAAUUUCAACAAGAAGAAAAAAACCACAAGCUAAAGAACAAGCUUUGCAAACAAUUUUAGAAUCCCCAACGAAAUCUCCAAAAAAUAAAAAAACAAAUAAUGCUACAGUACCAAUAACAAAAGAUGGUGAAAAUGAAAUUGAACAACAAGAACAAGAUCCAAAUUGCUCAGUUCAAAACUAUACAUGGCAACCAAGUAUGGAGGCAACAGUAAUUAGAUUUAAAAGAGUAAAGAGUGAUACAGAGCUUAAUAGUAAUAAUAAUAACAAUAAUACAACAAAAGAAAAUUUAAUACAAGAAACAACGACUUCAACUGCAUCAAUUGGUACUACACAUCAAGAACAAUCAACCCAACCAAUUUUAGAUGAUUCUAUGAAUGAAUAAAAUAAUUAUAUAUAAUAAAUAAAAAGAAAAAAAAAUAAAAAAUAAAAAUAAAAAAAAAAUAUAUAUAAUUUUUUUUUUAUAAGUUUGUAUAUU